CGGGCUUCCCUGACUUCCGGUUGGGGCCGUACCGUGGGCUGCCCGGCUGCCCCCGCGUGAGGGCCGGGCCGGAGCAGGGGGAGUCCGGGCUCCGCCGCCCUCCAGCGCCAUCAUGUGCGAGGUGCCCGCGGAGGUUCAGCGCUUCCUACAGCAGCACCCGGUGCUGCGCCUCGUCGAGCCGGGCAAUAAGGUGAAAUGCAGGUUGACAGGUCACGAGCUGCCAUGUCGGAUGCCAGAGCUGCAAGCUUAUACGAGUGGCAAGAAGUAUCUGAGACUGAUAAAAACAGCAAGAGCAUUUGACUACAGCGAAUUCGAGCCACACAUUGUGCCCAGUACCAAGAAUCCCCAUCAGCUGUUUUGCAAGCUCACUCUCAGGCACAUCAACAGGCUUCCAGAGCAUGUGCUGCGUCAUGUCCAAGGAAGGCGCUAUCAGAGAGCGCUGAAAAAAUAUGAGGAAUGCCAGAAGGAGGGCGUGGAGUACGUCCCUGCCUGCCUCCUGCAGAAGAGACAGCGGCGGCGAGAUGACCAGGCUGAGGGGAGCAGGCAGCCCCGCAGAAAAGGAGAAUUCUGGGAGCCUACAUCCAGUGAAGAGGAAGAAGUUGACACAGAUGAUAGCAUGAGCGACCUGUACCCAUCUGAGCUUUUCCCAGAAAAAAGGCCGGUGGUGCAAGGAGAACGGGAAGGUGAUGAUGACUUCAUGACAGAUAGCGAGGAGGAUGUGGCCAAGCCCGCCGAGGAAAACAGCGGCGUGAAUGGAGAGGAGAGUGAAAAGAUGGACGAGACCAGACGAGCUGGCAACAAAAGGGGAAAGCCACAAUUGAGUUCCUUAAAGAAGAAAUUUAAGAGUCACCAUCGAAAACCCAAAAGCUUCAAGAAAGCAGCCAAUGGCAAAUAAACUUUUCUAUAAGUGUGAAACA